CCCGCCCCCCUGCCCCCCUCCCUGGCCCGCUUUUUGAGUAUAUAAGGGGUCGUGUGAUGGUGACUGGUACCUGAGUCUUACAAACCAUCUGGUCUCGAGAAUCAUGGGUUACCUCGCUCAAGCUCUCCUUGCUGCCUUGCUGGUGGCCUCCGUAUCAGCAUCACCAACCCGCUUCCAAGACCGACACCAUUCCCGGGAACCUGCCAACCCCCAGGAACAACACACCACCCUUGAUCAACACGAAGAACCGGAAAACCACGAGACAGAACAUCACGACACUGUAAACCACGAAGAGGAACACCAGGAUACUGUACACCAAGAAGAGGAACACCAGAAUACUCACGCUACGGAAAACCAUGAAGAGGAACACCUGACUGAGGAACACCACGAGCCUGCUGGGCCACAUUUCCUCGCAGGGGAACACCAGGCUGAGGAACACCAGACUGAGGAACACCAGGCUGAGGAACACCAGACUGAGGAACACCAGACUGAGGAACACCAGGCUGAGGAACACCAGGAUGGGGAACACCAUGAUACGGCUCAGGGACAUCAUUAAAGUGGUGAUGUGGUGAUGUGGUGAUGAGGUAAGAGUAUAUACAGACGUACACACGUACACAGUAGGUAAUAUACUGUUUUCUAUACAUAUACAUACAUAUAUACAUACUUAUUUCAUUCACUAUACCGUACACACGCACACACACACACACACACACACAUCAAGCCAGUUAUCUCUGUCUGUAUGUGCGUAUGUGUGUGUAUGUACGUGUGUGUAUGUGUUACAAAGGUUGCCAGUUUUAAUAAGACUACAAAAAAUGCCAUCUCAAAAAUACAAAAAAAAAAAAAAAAAAAACUUGCCAAACUUCCAUGUCAAAUCUGUUAGCGAUAUCAAAUUCUUUUAAUCUUUUCUUCUUCCUUAUUUUGUUCUCCAUUUGUGUGUCUGUUCAUCUUUCAACCCCUGCUGCUGCUGCUGCUGACGAUGAUGAUGAUGUUGUUUACUGGUUUGUUUGUUGUCCAUUAAAUCACAGCAAGAUGGCAAA